AUGAGACCGAGGGGGACGACAAGAGAGAGGGGGGCCGAGGGGGGGACAACAAGAGACCGAGGGGACGACAAGAGACCGAGGGGACGACAGGAGACCGAGGGGACGACAGGAGACCGAGGGGACGACAGGAGACCGAGGGGACGACAGGAGACCGAGGGGACGACAGGAGACCGAGGGGGGACAACAAGAGACCAAGGAUCAAAUGCGUACAGAAAGGACAAAAUAAAUAAUUACUGGAAAAGAGAACGAGUAGAGGACAGCGACCGAGGACUGGACAGUGACCGAGGACUGGACAGUGACCGAGGACUGGACAGUGACCGAGGACUGGACAGUGACCGAGGACUGGACAGUGACCGAGGACUGGACAGUGACCGAGGACUGGACAGUGACCGAGGACUGGACAGUGACCGAGGACUGGACAGUGACCGAGGACUGGACAGUGACCAAGGACUGGACAGUGACCAAGGACUGGACAGUGACCGAGGCCUGGACAGUGACCGAGGACUGGACAGUGACCGAGGACUGGACAGUGACCGAGGACAGGACAGUGACCAAGGACUGGACAGUGACCGAGGACUAGACAGUGACCGAGGACUGGACAGUGACCGAGGACAGGACAGUGACCGAGGACUGGACAGUAACCGAGGACAGUACAGUGACCGAGGACUGGACAGUGACCGAGGACUGGACAGUGACCGAGGACUAGACAGUGACCGAGGACUGGACAGUGACCGAGGACUGGACAGUGACCGAGGCCUGGACAGUGACCGAGGACUGGACAGUGACCGAGGACUGGACAGUGACCGAGGACAGGACAGUGACCGAGGACAGGACAGUGACCGAGGACUAGACAGUGACCAAGGACUGGACAGUGACCGAGGACAGGACAGUGACCGAGGCCUGGACAGUGACCGAGGACUGGACAGCGACCGAGGACUGGACAGUGACCGAGGACUGGACAGUGACCGAGGACUAGACAGUGACCAAGGACUGGACAGUGACCGAGGACAGGACAGUGACCGAGGCCUGGACAGUGACCGAGGACUGGACAGUGACCGAGGACUGGACAGUGACCGAGGACUGGACAGUGACCGAGGACAGGACAGUGACCAAGGACUGGACAGUGACCAAGGACUGGACAGUGACCGAGGACCAGACAGUGACCGAGAAAAAGUUAGUGACAUCAAAGAGAAAAUCCAAUUUACCAAUUAUCAAAGCUAA